UGCAGCUUGCUGGCUCUCUCUUUCUCCCUCUCUGUCUCACUCUCUUUCUCUCCCUCUCCUAUCGGAGCACAAUGAAAGCCUGUGUAUCGCCGUGACUCCGGGCAGUGGAGCCAGUGUCAGCAAAGCGGCUAACAACAGACGGGAAAGAGAAAGGAAAAUACAAGCUACUUUUCCCCCCCAUCUAUAAAGCGGAGCAAUACGAGAGAGAGAACCACAUUGCUUAUUGCGAGUCCAGACCCUCAGAUCCACUGGCCGGGAUGGAAUGUACAAAAGUGGACAGAAAAGUGGCUGGACAUGACUCGGUGCAAUUUGCUGGAAGUUUGUAAGUUUGACCAUCGUUUGUAAAUUACUCUCGGAAGAGUUUGUCUCUCUUGAUACUGUAUUAGAAUAGAGCCGGGGUGAGGAAUAGAAACGUAAGCGGGAAAGAAAAAAAAAUGUGUUGAAGGAUCUCAGUGGCUAGCGACUCUUCAGACUGCUUUCAUUUAAGGCUAGGAAACCUUAGAGGGAGUGAGGAUUUUACCGGUGAUUGGAUUAGCUGGAGAGAAAAGCAUGGUCCAAAAGUCCAAUUACUGACAUUGUUAACAAUUGAAAAGCCGUCUCCCUCUUUUGGGAGAAGACACCCUACUGUCCCCCCAAAGAGGAUAAAACACCGGAGCGAAGGGAAAGGGAAGAGAAAUUAAAAGCCAAAAGACGGUCUCUUGAUUUUUGUAUGUUUUGAACAUUGACUUCAAAAAUCUUCUGAAACAGCACUUUUUUGUAACCUGAGGAAAAGUAAAGGCUGCGGCUUACAUAGACCAUGGCAGAAAUGCGUUUCUCUGCAGAAACAUCCCCAUAAAGAAUUUUCUGAAACAACUAGGUGAGGGGGAGUCCAGCCCCCUAUUAAUACCUCUCUCAGUUCCCUUCGCUGUCUCUGUCUCUGGCUUGACAAUCCCUGAGUUCUUGCUGUAACCCCAGACUGUGUGGUGACAGAGUACCUGGUGGCCGCUGUCAGCUUGGCGCGGGGGUAACCCCGCCAAACUCUGUCCACCUUCUCCAGCGCUGUCAAAUGCAAUUAGAGUAAGUUGAUCAGGGCUCCUUUCCAACUUAUCCUUUGCGAUUGGUUUCUGUUCUUGCUCCUCAUCCUCUUUUGACUGAGCUCCUCCCCCACACCUUCGCCACUGCUCCCCCCAACCUCUGAAGACCUCUAUUCAUGUGGCCCUGAACACUGAGCUCACAUUGUCCAAAACAGCCUGCAAUAGCCAGCAGUAGCCUCCUUCCAUCUCACCAUCCCAAAGGCAGCAAUCAUUGUGUCCACGAAGAUGGGGGACACAGCGCCCCCGCAGGCCCCCACAGGAGGGCUAGGGGGGGCCCCUGGGGCGGGGCUCCUUGGAGGGGGCUCAGUCCCCCCAAGAGUGCACAGUGCUAUUGUGGAGCGCCUCCGGGCUCGGAUCGCCGUCUGCCGCCAGCACCACCUGAGCUGUGAAGGACGCUAUGAACGUGGUCGAGCUGAGAGCUCAGACCGGGAAAGAGAGAGCACCUUGCAGCUCCUGAGCCUCGUCCAGCAUGGCCAGGGGGCAAGGAAGACUGGCAAGCACACCAAGGCCACUGCAGCUGCUGCCACCACGACAGCUCCUCCGCCGCCCCCUGCUGCGCCUCCUACAGCCUCCCAAGCAUCGGCGACAGCAGCCCCACCGCCCCCACCAGACUAUCACCAUCACCACCAGCAGCACCUGCUGAACAGUAGCAAUAAUGGUGGCGGUGGUGGGAUCGAUGGGGAGCAGCAACCACCAGCUUCAACCCCCGGGGACCAGAGGAACUCAGCCCUGAUUGCGCUCCAGGGCUCCUUGAAAAGAAAACAGAUAGUGAACCUGUCUCCUGCCAACAGCAAGCGGCCCAACGGCUUUGUUGACAACUCAUUCCUUGAUAUCAAAAGAAUCCGGGUCGGGGAGAACCUCUCUGCAGGACAAGGGGGCCUCCAAGUAAAUAAUGGACAAAGUCAAAUCAUGUCAGGGACCUUGCCCAUGAGCCAAGCACCCCUGAGAAAGACUAACAAUCUGCCGCCCCACACACCUUCUCCUGGCAAUGGCAUCUUUAACAUGGGCUUGAAAGAAGUGAAGAAGGAGCCAGGAGAGACUCUGUCUUGCAGUAAGCACAUGGAUGGCCAAAUGACCCAGGAGAAUAUUUUUUCUAAUAGGUACGGAGAUGACCCAGGAGAGCAACUGAUGGAUCCUGAACUUCAGGAACUGUUCAAUGAACUGACCAACAUAUCUGUGCCUCCUAUGAGUGACCUUGAGUUGGAGAACAUGAUCAAUGCCACCAUAAAGCAGGAUGAUCCAUUUAACAUUGACUUGGGUCAGCAAAGCCAGAGGAGCACCCCCAGGCCCUCCUUGCCUGUGGAGAAGACAGUGAUCAAAAGUGAAUACUCACCUGGUCUGACCCAGGGCCCAUCGGGCUCUCCUCAGUUGAGGCCCCCAUCGGCUGGCCCUGCAUUCUCCAUGGCCAGCUCUGCCUUGUCCACUUCAUCCCCGAUUCCUUCGGUCCCUCAGAGCCAGGCUCAGCCGCAGACAGCCUCAGGAGCAAACCGGGCCCUGCCAAGCUGGCAGGAAGUAUCCCAUGCCCAACAGCUCAAACAGAUAGCUGCCAACCGUCAGCAGCAUGCCAGGAUGCAGCAGCACCAGCCCCCCAACUGGUCAGCCUUGCCCUCUUCCACUGGGCCAUCUCCAGGCCCAUUUGGGCAGGAGAAAAUCCCUAGCCCUUCUUUCGGUCAGCAGCCAUUCAGCCCACAGAGCUCCCCCAUGCCUGGGGUAGCUGGCGGCAGCAGCCAGUCAAAAGUCAUGGCAAACUACAUGUACAAGGCCAGCCCCUCGGCCCAGGGAGGGCACCUGGACGUGCUCAUGCAGCAGAAGCCUCAGGAUCUCAGUCGCAGUUUUAUUAACAGCUCGCACACGGCCAUGGAGCCCCGUCUUGGCAACACCAAGCCUUUGUUCCAUUUUAACUCAGAUCAAGCAAACCAGCAGAUGCCUUCUGUUUUGCCUUCUCAGAACAAACCUUCUCUCCUACACUACACCCAGCAGCAGCAGCAGCAGCAGCAGCAGCAGCAGCAGCAGCAGCAGAGCUCGAUUUCAGCUCAGCAACAGCAGCAGCAGCAGCAACAACAACGACAGCAGCAGCAGCAGCAGCCACCUGCCCAGCCCACCCAACCGCUAUCGAACCAGCCUUUGCUAAGGUCACCCUUGCCACUUCCACAAAAGAUCCUGCUUCAGAAAAUGCAGAAUCAGCCCGUCACAGGCCUGGGAUACCAAGUCUCCCAACAACACAGACAGGAUCAACACUCUGUGGUAGGCCAGAACACAGGCCCCAGUCCAAGUCCCAACCCCUGCUCAAAUCCAAACACUGGAAGUGGUUACAUGAACUCCCAGCAAUCCCUGUUGAAUCAGCAAUUGAUGGGGAAGAAACAGAGUCUGCAGAGGCAGAUCAUGGAGCAGAAACAGCAGCUUCUCCUGCAGCAGCAGAUGCUGGUGGAUGCGGAGAAACUUGCUCCACAAGAUCAGAUAAACCGACAUUUGACGAGGCCACCCCCAGAUUACAAAGACCAAAGAAGAAGCGUGGGCAACAUGCAGCCUGCGGCUCCGUAUUCUGGUGGCUCAUCAACAGUGAGUUUAAACUCUAACCAGACUUUGGCAAACCCAGUUUCAACACACGCCAUUUUAACUCCAAAUUCCAGCCUCAUGUCUACUUCCCAUGGAACAAGAAUGCCAGCAUUAUCCACAGCAGUUCAGAACAUGGGGAUGUAUGGAAAUUUGCCUUGCAAUCAACCUGGCACAUACAACGUCACGUCAGGAAUGAAUCAACUGACCCAACAGAGAAACCCAAACCAACUGAUAGCAAAUCAAAACAACCCUCUAAUGCCGCGGCCUCCUACCUUAGGGCCAAGUAGUAACAAUAAUGUGGCCACUUUUGCAGCUGGACCUGUUGGCAAUUCACAACAACUGAGACCAAAUUUAACUCAUACUAUGGCAAGCAUGCCAUCUCAGAGAACAUCAAACGUAAUGAUCACAUCCAACACAACAGCACCAAACUGGGCCUCCCAAGAAGCAACAACGAAACAGCAGGAAGCCAUGAAGUCCACAGGAGUCCGCUUUCCCACAGGUACACCUGCAGCCUAUACCCCAAAUCAGUCAUUGCAACAGGCAGUAGGGAGCCAACAAUUUUCCCAGAGGUCAGUGGCUCCUCCUAAUCAGAUAACACCAGCAGUGCAAAUGAGACCUAUGAACCAAAUGGGCCAGACACUGAAUGGACAAACCAUGGGUCCACUUAGAAGUCUGAAUCUCAGACCCAAUCAGCUGAGCACACAGGUUUUGCCUAAUUUGAACCAGUCAGGAACAGGGUUGAGUCAGUCAAGGACAGGCAUAAGCCAGCCACCAUCUCUGACACCUGGCAAUUUUCCUUCACCCAACCAAAGUUCCAGGGCUUUUCAAGGAACUGACCAUGGCAGUGACUUAGCUUUUGACUUUCUCAGCCAACAGACUGAUAACAUGGGCCCUGCCCUAAACAGUGAUGCUGAUUUCAUCGAUUCUUUAUUGAAGACAGAGCCUGGUAAUGAUGACUGGAUGAAAGACAUCAACCUUGAUGAGAUCUUGGGGAACAACUCCUAAAGGAGCCAAGGGAGAAAACUCACCAUCUCCAAGCACUAAAAGGCAGUAUUUCACCAGGACUCUGGAAAGGCCAACUGUUGACUUUUAGUUGAGCUACAUGAAGAUACCAUGGCCUAAAAAUGGAGAGCAAUAGUGACCGUGGUGGUGAACAUUUUGGUCCAAACGCUUGUUUGAAAUCUCAAACCGGAAAAUAAAACAUUGGGAUCACCUUUCCCCGUCUAAACUCCAGGACACAGUAUCCGAUUUAUCCAAACAGAACUGUGAUGUUGAUGUGUAAUUAGCUGUGUAAAAUAGGCUUCCCAAGCUCCUUUUCUCCCUGAAAGAGAAGUAAUACAACUUGUAGCUUGUUGAAAUCCCAUGUCAUGCGGAGGCAUUCGUUCCAAGCAACAAGUGACAUGUUCCUUAAUUUGCUCUAAUGAUAUAAGUAUGGUUUAAUCUUUCCACUUUAUCUGUUCAUUUAGUUGUCCUAAAACUUCCUAGAUUGAAAUGUUAUAAGUUUCUUUGGAGUAGCCAAACAUUGUCCUAAGUAAAGAAUAGACAGAGAACUAGAGAACACCCCGUGAACUGUGGAAUAUCUUCCCCAGAUUCACCCCUCACUUUUUCAGUUUUCCCAACUAUCUUGUAUUUCAGUGAGAUGCUGUGUGGAAACCUUGAAACAUGAAUACACAGCUGUCCAACUCUAUUUGGGCUUCCACAACCAAUUUCUGAAUCCGUUUCCAAGUCUUAGAUACAAUCACGACCAGUCGGAAUCAUACUGAAGUAUUAGUGCACAUGUGUUGACAUCAGAUUUCACUGUUUUAAAAAAGAAAGCACCCCAUGGGCAUUGCUAUAAAGGAGAUUUGUUUGGCCACAAAUAACCUGGGGUGUUGCUCAUUGAAAUGGUCCUGCUAGUUAACUCCCAAGCUGAAUGAAAUCAAGUCUGGUCCUCCCUGAUUAUUUUGAUGACUAGAGACUGAUUUAUUAAAAAAAAAGGAAGUUUUGAGGUCAAAACUGAGAUUGGAAGAUACCGUGUUUGGGUUGAAGAUAAGAAGCAAAAGAUCAGACCAGGGAUGGCAGGUAUGGGGGUACAAGUCUAUUUCAUAGGGUUUGAAGGGAAGCAUAAUUGAGAGAGAAAAUAAUCUGUCCUUAUUUGGACAUAUUAUGUGGGCACACAGCUAAAUGGAGUGUGAUCUGUUAGUAGCAGUCUGUUCAUUCUUCUGUCCCUGAUGUGAUGAAUCAUUGCCACAUGCUAGAUGGACCCUUCAUAUCCAGGGUUUUUCCCUCAGGGUUCAACACUGUAUCAAAGAAAGAGUUUCUGUUGAGUCAUGUAACCUCAGUGCCCACACACAGAUCAGCUGUAAAAUGGAGAAGAUGUGUGCUGAUUUGAGAUGGAUGCAAAAUAUCACUGUCAUCUUCCUCAUUACAGAGGAACACAGAUCAGCUUCCGCUUUUUUAGUUAUGUACUCACAUAUUCAAUAAUCAAAUGUUAUUCAACUGAAGUCAUUUAAUAACUAAAUCUUUAAAUAUCUAUUCUGAAAAAGAAUACAUUUUGAAAGUUCUACGAAACCCUCUCCCAAUCUUUAAAAUGUCUAGAAGCACUCUCUGUUACACAACACCAACAUCAGUGGCCCAGAAUCCUUUCUGUGCUAGGUUGUAAAUAUAAAUGAAUUUCUUGUUUUGUAAACUUUUGUAAAGAAUAUUUUGGUAGAAAUACUUAAAACAUAUUCUUUGGGUUAUAUUUAUACUUAUGUGAAAUAAAUAUACUAUCAAAAGGUUAUAUUUUAUACAAAAAGUAAAUUGUUACCUUUUGUAUGCUAAUAUACAAAGUUUUGUAUAAUAUGAUGGUUUAUUUUUAGCUCUACACUUAAUCCAUAGGUGGUCAAGUGGGAACUUUUAAAAACUAUCAAGAGGCUUGUUAGACAAAUUUAUAUUCUGAAACCUCAAUAAGAAAGCAUUCCAGGUUUCAAUCCUUACCUUUUUAUUUUUAUUGUUUUGCUCCGAAAUUCUUUUUUAAACCCAUAGGUCUUGUGUCUUGUUUGAUUCUUCUGCUGUGCACAUUGUAUUGGUCCUUGUUGCAUGUGGUCUACUGUGUGUUUUCCCAUUUUAUAGAACAGUGUUUCUCCAUGCAAAAAUGUAAGGAAAAGUUAUGUACAUAGAAACACUUUUAUUUGAUGGUUCCUCCAUCUUACUGUAUAUAUCUGCCAGCACUUCCCAGUUACACUCCCCUGACUCAGCUUAUUUUUACCCUAACAUAAAUAGUAUGUUUUGUAGUAGCUAUCAAAUUUAAGAGAUAAAGCAAUCAGAAUGUUUGGAUUUUCUUCUAUCUUAAUGUGAAUUUUAUAAUUAAUGUCUAUUUAUUCAGCUAUUCAUUAAAAUACAGGAUUCUUUGGGAAAAAAAAAUGGUGUAGUCUAUAGUUUCUGUUUGUUGGCAGCCUACUACCAAAGAUGACGUAAUUUUCCUGAAAGCUGAGAUAAUGACAAUUUGAUAGACAUAUGUAGCCAAAACUUUACAAUUUACAACUUAAAAACCUAUUGGAAUACGAUAUCUCAUUUAUAGAAAUACCAGACUACGUCAUUGUUGGCAUUGCUUCUCAUUCUGACAAUAUUUUAAAGGAGAUAGAAGUAAUUUUUCUUUUUUAAUUCAAAGACUUAGAAAGCAAUAUACGCAAAUAAUUCAUUUUCGGCUGUGUGUUGAGCCCAAUGAAGAUAAAUAACUCUGCUCUACGUGAAUGCACUAAUAUUACUUGCAUUACUGUAA